UAUAUGAGCUGAUGCUCUGAAGUCAAACUAAUAUCCAUGCCAACUCCCUCCUUGCUCUAAUUCUAAACUCAACCUAACAACUGACAUUAAACACUCUUCACCUACUCGUCAUUUGUCUUCCUCACACCUAACUAUAAUUGAACUACACUUGCAUUUCUCAGUUUUUAGACUCUUUCAUUCUUUCGUCUUUCUCGUUGUGUUUUGUAUUUGCUCGCAAUGACGUUUAAAGUGUUUUUGGGGUUGUUGAUUCUGCUUCUGGCCGUCUACUGUGGGCUUGACCCCUUUAAGCACAGCGCCGUGUCGGAGUUCCCGGAUUUUGUGUCACUGAAAAUCGACAUGCCUGAUUGGUCUCUCGUCCCGACGGAUAAAGACCAUGAAAAUUUGCUGCAGAAGUCGGAAGUUAAAUUCUUGAACGAGAUUCAGGGCCCUGAAAGCAUUGCUUUUGACCCUCUUGGUCGUGGCCCUUAUACUGGUGUUGCUGAUGGCAGAAUUCUCUUCUGGGAUGGCCACAAAUGGAAUGAUUUUGCUUAUACUUCCAAUAACAGGUCGGAAUUAUGUGACCCGAAGCCAUCGCCUUUUGCUUACUUGAAGCAUGAGCACAUCUGUGGCAGGCCUUUGGGGCUCCGGUUUGAAAAAAAAACAGGCGAUUUAUACAUUGCAGAUGCAUAUUUAGGAUUGAUGAAGGUGGGUCCAGAAGGUGGAUUGGCCACAUCCCUUACAACAGAAGCAGAAGGUGUGCCAUUGAGGUUUACCAAUGAUCUAGAUAUUGAUGACGAAGGAAAUGUUUACUUUACUGAUAGCAGUGUUGUAUACCAGCGGAGGAACUUCAUGCAAUUGGUUUUCUCUGGUGAUGAUAGUGGAAGGGUUCUCAAGUAUGAUCCAACUACAAAAAAAACAACUGUUCUUGUGAGGAAUCUCCAGUUCCCAAAUGGUGUGUCUUUAAGUAAGGACAAAUCAUUCUUCCUUUUUGUUGAAGGAUGUGUUGGCAGAUUACGCAAGUAUUGGCUGAAAGGUGAGAAAGCAGGUACUUCGGAAGUGUUUGCCAUCUUACCUGGAUACGCUGAUAAUAUCCGAAUGAAUGAAAAAGGUGAGUUCUGGGUGGCAAUCCACUGUCGGCGGUCGCUAUAUUCUCACUUUUUGGGCCUGUUCCCUAAAGUUCGGAUGUUUACACUUAAACUUCCAAUAUCAGCAAAGAUACAUUAUCUGACUCAUGUUGGGGGAAGGAUGCAUGCAGUAGUUGCCAAAUACAGCUCAGAGGGGAAGCUUUUGCAGAUAUUGGAGGACAGUAGGGGAAAAGUUGUUAAAGCAGUUAGCGAAGUGGAAGAGAAGGAUGGUAAACUGUGGAUGGGAAGUGUUUUGAUGCCAUUUAUUGCAGUUUACAACUUAUCUUGAUUGAAGUUCAACAAUUUAUGACGCAAUGCUAGAGAUAGUUAACCGCUUUCGACUGCUUUUCUUUUUCUCAUGAAGGUGCUAUGCUAUGAACUCUACACGUGUGGGGUUAGAAUUUCUUCUUUGUUUCCUCCUGGUGGCAUUGGCAUUCUAAUGUUUUGCGUUUUAUAUAAUAAAAUCAUUGAUGUUUUUCCAAAAUGACUUGCUUUAGUGGAUUGAUCUCUAUACUUAAUCUCAUUUAUCUUCGGAUGUGAAAUUAAUAAGAUUGUGCCAUACUACUUUGAAGUUUCA